GCUUCCCUCUCUCACUUCCAGGACCACAAUCCUCAGAGCUUUCUGCUUCCCGGCGUUUUUCUAUUUGCCCGAUCCCCUCUCGCGCUGGCUGGGCUUCGGCGGUGACGUGACCCGUGUGGUGGCCGGGCCCCGGGUUUCAUCAGCGGCCCCUCUCUCUCCCUCCCCUCGGUUAUCCCCGUCGCAGGCCGCCGCAGCUGGCCGGAGCGGUGACCUGGCGGGCGGCGCCUGCGCUCUGCCUCGUUUCCUGCCUGGCUGGUGGCGGCGGCCAUUUUGUUCAUCCUCCUCCUCCUCCUGCUCCUCCUGGUUGGAGCGCAGUGUCCGGAGCGGGCUGGGGGGAGAGAGCCCAGGAGCCGGGUUCGGUGCCUUUUCCUCUGUCCCCAGCCGGUGCCCGGAGCCCCCCUCCCCUUCCUCCCCACCCCCUCCCCUCCCCAGCCCUGCCCUCCCCCUUGUCCCGGGAUCGCUCCGUCGCACCCACCAUGAUGGAAGACGACGGGCAGCCCCGGACUCUAUACGUAGGUAAUCUCUCCAGAGAUGUGACAGAAGUCCUUAUACUUCAGUUGUUCAGUCAAAUUGGACCCUGUAAAAGCUGUAAAAUGAUCACAGAGCAACCCGAUAGCAGAAGGGUCAACUCUUCUGUUGGAUUUUCUGUUUUGCAGCAUACAAGCAAUGACCCAUAUUGCUUUGUGGAAUUUUAUGAACACAGAGAUGCAGCUGCUGCAUUAGCUGCUAUGAAUGGGAGAAAAAUUUUGGGAAAGGAGGUCAAAGUAAACUGGGCAACAACACCAAGUAGCCAGAAAAAAGAUACCUCCAAUCAUUUCCACGUGUUUGUUGGAGAUUUGAGUCCAGAAAUUACAACAGAAGAUAUCAAAUCAGCAUUUGCCCCCUUUGGUAAAAUAUCGGAUGCCCGGGUAGUUAAAGACAUGGCAACGGGAAAAUCCAAAGGCUAUGGUUUUGUAUCUUUUUAUAAUAAACUGGAUGCAGAAAAUGCUAUUGUGCAUAUGGGAGGUCAGUGGUUGGGUGGUCGUCAAAUCAGAACGAACUGGGCCACACGUAAACCACCUGCACCUAAAAGUACACAAGAAAAUAACACUAAGCAGUUGAGAUUUGAAGAUGUAGUAAAUCAGUCAAGUCCAAAAAAUUGUACUGUGUACUGUGGAGGAAUUGCUUCUGGGUUAACAGAUCAGCUUAUGAGACAGACGUUUUCUCCAUUUGGACAAAUUAUGGAAAUAAGAGUUUUUCCGGAGAAGGGUUAUUCGUUUGUCAGAUUUUCCACCCAUGAAAGUGCGGCGCAUGCCAUUGUUUCAGUGAAUGGUACUACGAUUGAAGGACAUGUGGUUAAAUGCUAUUGGGGUAAAGAAUCUCCUGAUAUGACUAAAAACUUCCAACAGGUCGACUAUAGUCAGUGGGGCCAGUGGAGCCAAGUGUAUGGAAACCCACAACAGUAUGGACAGUAUAUGGCAAAUGGGUGGCAAGUACCGCCGUAUGGAGUAUAUGGGCAACCAUGGAAUCAACAAGGGUUCGGAGUAGAUCAAUCACCUUCUGCUGCCUGGAUGGGUGGAUUCGGUGCUCAGCCUCCCCAAGGACAAGCUCCUCCCCCUGUAAUACCUCCUCCUAACCAAGCUGGAUAUGGUAUGGCAAGUUACCAAACACAGUGAGCUGGGACUCUAAGCAAAAUUGUAAUUCAUGAUAGGCUUCGAUUUCCUGUGACACUCUGAAGACAUGAAAGUAGACAUCGGAAAAUGAAAAUAUUUAUUUUAAAAAUUGAAAUGUUUGGAACCUUUAGCACAGCUUUGCUUUGGUGAAGGACACAUGUCUUCUAGUUCUGCCUUUUUAAGUUUUUGUUCAUGAUGGAUAUGAACAUGAUUUUUCUUUGUGUACAAAAACUAAAAUAAAGUCAAUAAAGACAAUUCUGACUACAAAUUUUGAUAUGAUAGGAGAAAUGAGUAAUACAUUUUGAUUCUUAGAUACUAUUCCAUUUUUAUCUUGCUGUUCAGUAUUUUAACUCACUGUGUUUUUAAAAGAGCAAAAAAGGGAGGAUCGUGAAAACCUGGGAAUCACAUAUAAGUUCAUCUUGAAACCUGAUACUCCCCUCCCCUCCCCUGAGGUGGACCACAUUUGAAGUCAGCAGAGAAAAGUGUGAUAUUCGGAAGAAAUGCAUGAUUUUGGAGUCGCUUUGGAGGAAAUACUUACUUUCUCUAUGCCUAAAGAAACUGAAGCCAGACUGAAAAUUUGCAACCUAAAUAAGGAACAGCAUUGUCUUGAGUUACUUGAGGAAAUAUUGGUGGUCCACAUUAAGACAUAUUUUUAAAACUUCAAAAGUGUCGGUUCAUAAAACUGUAGUAUACUACAUUUCAUUUUGGGGGGAAAUUCCAAGUAUGGUGUUUGUAUUACAGUCAGACAGUCAUACUUGUGCUUUUACAUGAAGUUUAAAUGAUAAUACGUUGUAAAUAUUGAAUAACUACAGUGUUUAAAAAGCAUGCUUCAACAUAGAAGUAGCAGCAAUGUAAUUAUUUGGAGUAACACUUAACAUACUCCACUGCAUUGGAUGCAGUGGGUUGAUAAGAAUGUUUUUAGACUGACGUUUCCAAGGUUGGCUACUAUGUAAAAUUAAAGUUACACAAAUUGCUACACAGAAAAAGCCUUAAUUUUAAUUUCAUAAAAAUCUUUGAUGCAUUAGUACAUUCUAAAAUGUCAUUGAAAAUUAAUUUUUUUCUUAUUUUUUUGCUUUACAUUAUUUGGUAUGUAAAUACCUUAAUUAAAACCUUGUAAACCAA